GUUAAAACAAAAGCACCAGCUCGAAGAGUGUCUUUGGAGUCAAUUUGAGAACUCAUCAACUGGUUGAAAAGAAGGUCUUGUUGGUACCUGCAUCUCAGAGCUUCUUGAGAAGAUGGCUGGCCUUCAGGACAACACUCUGAGGAUUGUUCUGGUGGGGAAAACCGGAAAUGGAAAAAGUGCAACAGGAAACUCCAUCCUUGGGGAUAAUGCAUUUGAGUCUAAAAUUGCUGCCCAUGCUGUUACCAAGUCCUGUAAGAAAGAAGAGCGACACUGGAAGGGGAGAAACCUUCUUGUUGUGGACACCCCAGGGCUCUUUGACACCAAGGAGACACUGAUGACCACCUGUAAGGAAAUCAGCAGGUGUGUCCUCCUCUCCUACCCGGGGCCGCACGCCAUCAUCCUGGUUCUACAGCUGGGCCGCUACACGGAGGAGGAGCAGAAAACGGUUACAUUGAUCAAGGCCAUCUUUGGGGAAAAGGCCAUGGAGAACAUGAUCAUCUUGUUCACUCGCAAAGAUGGUUUGGGUGAUCAGACACUGCAUGACUUUUUAAAGGGGGCAGAAAACCUGCAAAGUAUCAUCCAGGAGUGUGGGAACCGGUGCUGUGCCUUCAAUAACCAAGAAAGGAUAGAGGAAACUGCGAAGGAAGCUCAACGGCAGGAGCUGGUGGAGCUGAUAGAGAAAAUGGUGCAGAAGAAUGGAGGGGCUUACUUUUCUGCUCCCAUCUACAAGGAUAUAGGGAAAAAGCUGCAACAUCAGAAAGAGGCCUUGAAGAUAAUCUAUGAAGAUCAAUUAAAGAAGAAAACUAAAUUAGUUGAAGAUCUAUAUGCUCAGGGGAAAAUAUCAAAGCAAGAAAUUGAGAAGGAAAAAAUAAUCUAUUUUGAGAUCUAUAAAGAAAAUAUCAAAAAUAUUGAGGAAGAAGCUAAAAGAAAUAUAUUUGAAGAUAUCGUCAAAAGAGUUUGGAGUGUACUUUUAGGAAUAUGGAAUAAGUUUUGGAAAUAAUGUAAAUUUUAUUUUUGUUUCUUAAUUUACUAUGAUUUGUUAAUGUGGUUAAUUAUAUUUUCCAAAGAUGACUACAACAAUAUAUUCUAUCCCACCCAUUUCUUCUUAUAAUCAGUUUGUUUUUCCUUCAGUUGAAUUAUAGGGUUUGUCCCCUACCUUGAAAUUCAAUGGGCUUUGUGACUGCUUUGACGACUACUGUGUGAUUGUGACUUCAAUAGGGAAAAUGCCUCUUUACUCCCAAGGGUUUGUGAGCUUGGCACUUGGCCACCAUGUGGUGAGGAAGCAGAGGUUGCCCAUAAAGAGGCCACAUGAAGAGAAUUUAAAGUCACUGGCCCACCCCCCUGGCUGGUCUUUCAUCUCCAGCAGAACCAACUUGCCAGCCCUGCAUGUGAGGCAACAUGGAAGCAGAUUCUCCAGCUGACAACUGAGCCAUCUCAGAUGCAGCAAAGAGCAAAGAUGGGCCACCCCCACUGCA